AUGAGUAACUAUGAAAAAGAUCUACCGGUCUCAUUGUUAAUAAAUAAUUUUGAUUCAAAAGUAUUAUUAUUAAAUUUGAGACAUCAAGAUGAACGAACGUUAGAAUGGAAAACAAUGGAAAAGGAACGUCAAUCAAUGGCCUAUCAUACGUCAUCAAGAGGAUUUCAACAUAUUGAAUGGUUAAAACAAUCUAAAUCUAGUGUUCAUUCGAGUACAGUAUCAAAUUCUUCGUCAAUAACAAGAAUGCAUACUAUAAAACCAACUUUAACGUAUUUAUCUUCAAAAGAUAGUUUCAAAUUAACAGCUGAUUUAACAGUAGAGCUACUUGCUGACGAUAUAGUUUUAUAUAGAAAACAUUGGCAGAAAUCAAAAUGUAAUAUAAAUGAUAAAAUUAUUCAAAAUCAUGAUGACUUAAUAUUAAAAUUAAAUAUUUCUAUGAAAAAAACGGCUCCAAAAUAUGAACUAUCUCUAUUGAAAUGGUUUACAACAAACGCAAAGAUAUUAAAUAAAAAAGUGAAAUAA